UCUACUCCAUUGUGUAGAUUUUCGCACCGACUAUCUUUGUUUUUCGGCAAAAAACGGGUUGCUCUGCGUACGAAUAACUGCAAUAAGUUCUGUUUUCUUCAUCUCGCACUUGUACGCUACGCAAACGUACGCACGAUAAGCGAUCCUUGUAGCCAACGAAAAAGCGUAUCGUUCACCGUGGAUCAAAGCUGGAAAAAGAAGGAGAAUUACACGAAGCUGAAACGUCCUUCCGGGCAACUCGGGCCUGUGGUAUUGUGCCCACGUCCGCGGCGAUCAGGGACAGCGGUGGUAUCCUUGCUGCAUUACGUAAGAAACGAUCUGCUGCAGCGAACCAACUGUCGAGACUUUUGGGUGAUAACAUCCCGCAAGCCGUAUGCGAAAGUUCUGUUCCACAGCCAAUGCGCUUCCAAUCCGUGGAAUGGUAGGCUUAUGAAAGUUGUGGCCAACAUUGCAGCAGCCCGUCAAUUGGAUACAGCGUGCAAGCUUUUUUCAGCUAUAAACAGCAGAGGGAAGCAAUUGUUGGUGGGUUGUUGGCAUACGCAAUUUGUUAGCACAGGUGACAUCCGUCAAACGAGGCAGGAAGAUUGGUCUGCGGACGAAGUGGUUGUGGCCCGACCACACGGAACGAGCGCACCGUCACUUGCAUACGCUAGCACCCCGUCAUGGAUAACGAUGGAUUAUCGAACGAGCAGACGGAGAAGGUCCUACAGUUUCAGGAUAUAACCGGGCUGGAUGAUAUGAACGUUUGCCGCGACAUACUGAUACGUCACCAGUGGGACCUGGAAGUCGCGUUUCAGGAGCAUUUAAACAUACGUGAAGGUCGACCGUCCGCGUAUGCGACGGAAUCCCGCGCUCCCGCCGUCAUAAAUGAUCGCUUUCUGCAGCAUGUGUUCUCUAGCGCCCGGUUAAGUCCAGCGCGCGAACCGAGCGGUGUCGGUGGCAUCAUACGAUACGUGUUUAACUACAUGGUGAACUUCUGGUACAGUGCAUUUUCCUCGUUCUUAUCCACGAUAAUAGGGCUGUUCCGCGAUCAGGAAAGCAUUCCGGCCGAUCCGCUCGGCGAUGUGCUGAAGUUCAUUCAGACGUACAACGAGAAGUACCCGGAUCACCCCGUCUUCUAUCAGGGCACGUAUUCGCAGGCAUUGAACGAUGCGAAGAACGAGCUACGCUUUCUGCUAGUCUAUCUGCAUUCCGAGCCGACGUCCGAGGCGGUCACCUUCUGUCGUGGCGCAAUGUCGAACCCGCAGGUGAUCGAGUACGUCAACCGACGGAUGUUGUUCUGGGCGUGCGACAUGGCAUCGCACGAGGGCAAACGGGUCGCCACUGCGAUCAGUGUGCGCACCCAUCCGACCCUGCUUAUCAUUGGGAUGCGCGCCAACAAGAUGAUCAUUAUGGGCCGGUUAGAAGGGGACUGCUCGUCGGAGGAGCUUAUACGCCGGAUGGAUACGGUCGUGAAUGAUAAUGAGGUGUGGUUGAAUCAGGCCAGACAGGAUAGGCUGGAGCGGGAUCUCACACAGACGCUGCGCCAACAGCAGGACGAAGCGUACCAGCGUUCGUUACAGGCAGACCAGGAGAAGCAGCGCCGAAAGCAACAGGAGCGGGAGGAGGCGAUGCGCAUCCAGGCAGCAAUCGAGGCGGAACUGCUGGCCGAACAACAGCGAAAGGAUGACAUCGAACGGUUGAAGCUCGAUCUGGCGGAACAAGUGCCUUCGGAACCGGAAGCAGGUGCGCCCGACACGAUCAGCAUAGUUUUCAAACUACCUAGCGGGUUGCGAUUAGAGAGACGAUUUCGAAAUACCAACACAAUGCAGGAUAUUUACAACUUUAUUUUCUGUCAUCCGGAUGCACCCGAUUCAUUCGAAAUUACGACAAACUUCCCGAAGCGUGUGCUGGAAUGUUCGGGCGACGAGCCAGGCCAGACGCUGCUGCUAUCCGGUUUGAAGAAUCGCGAAGUACUGUUCGUCGCCGACCUGGAGGCGUAGUUUGAAUGCGCGGCGUUGAUCACAAGUACUGCUGCGGCAUCCCGGAUUGGCGCGAUUUUGCUUUGAAUGUAAUACUUGCUAACGCACUGCCGCACGGUAGCGAAAAAAAUUGACAUUCUCGAUCGAUUCGUACAUAAAUUUGGCUGAAGCAGAUCAACUAGUACCGAGUUUCACGCGUAGUUAGUGGUGGUUCAACUGCAUAACUGCAUCUACAAAAAAUAUAACUUGUAGUUCCAGCGUGAAUUCGUUUCGUCGUUUCAUUUCUCUAUUUUAGUGCUGGUGGUCCGUGCAAUCGUGAUUGAGUUUUUAAUGCGAUGAAAAGAUGGCAACCGACCGGCUCGAAACGGCAGUGCAAGAACGUUCCAAAUGGUGGUAGUACUUGUGAAAACUUAUUUGUUGCUUUGCAUGAAAA